GUCGUUACUUAUGGUAUGUUGGUUGUGAAGUUGGUUGGUCGUGAAGUUAUUUACCCUCUUCCACACUGUAUGUAUUCAUAAGCUUUAUCAAGAGAUAAACAUAACAACCUUUUAUUAGUGAGCCGCCGUUAUAAAUAUUUUUUGUGUACUUAGCCUUUAAAGACCAUUUCAACAACAAAUGUUAUUGGUGAAUCGUUCAGGCAACCCGGGUUGACAAAUUCACCUUAGGCCCGUUUUUAGAAGGAGAUUUUUCUGUCUCAUGGAGGGAGUCUUAUUGGUACUCUUGGUGGAAUGAAAAGUAGUGGAUGCUUUUUGAAUUUUACUCAUAUUUGAAAGCAAAUCAGUCGGAAGCAACUUUUAGAAUAAAGCAGUAGAAAACAUGCCCACAUUGACGGGAAUCUAGGACAUAUACAAAAGAAAUAUAACAUAAUUAAUAAGGCUAAAGAGUUGACAAUUAUGAGUGUAGAAGGUUUUGUUUCCGGCGUCGCUUUUGGUGUCCGAUCUGUAUGGCCUCUGACAUCUACCAUCACGUAGAUUCAGCCUGGUAGGGUAUUUCAGCACACCGUCAACGGUCAUUCAAUCAAUGUAAUGUAUACCCAAGUUUGUUUAAUAUUAAAUUAUCACCGUAUCCUCGCAAUUUUUAUGUUGCCAAGUCUUGAGUCAGUCUGUACAGGUGUACUGGUGUUAAAUCAUUCUACCCCGACUAUUAGAUUUUGGAAUGAGAAACGAAAUUGCGAUUAUUUCGCUUUUUGAACAUUUCACUAGGAAAAUUUCGAUCCGUUUAUGUUGAAAUAUUCACAUUUCCAGUAUAUACCCCAUUCCUUCGUGAAUCUGGUUACCAGCAGUGGAGCUUCGCAAGGAGUAGGUAUAUGCUUUCAAGUCCUAAUGCUAAUUCUUCCCAGUGAUAAUUUAGACCAAGGUCUUGUUCACUGGCAGAUAGUUUUCACUAUUUACAUCCAAAUAUACUCUGAACAGUGAUUUCAUUAAAAGCAUUGCAUGCUAUUGAUUUCAAGACUUUACGUAGAGACGUCAAUCGGUUGUUGUAACGCAUGAUAUUUGCUGGAUUGUGAUUAAAUAUAUUUUAAUCUGUUACUGGCCCUGCCAUUUUAUCUAACAAGGGUUUUUUGUGGUAACAAUAGUUUCUGAAAUAAGAAAACAAUCCCCUCCGGCUGUCUAUUUAAUUGUUCCUUAGCUUGUAGGCUGGAGAGCGGCCUAUGCUCCUUCACGAGGAGUAAUAGGCGUAAGUAAGUUGAAGACUUCUGAUUUUGUGGUUAUAUUCAUAUAUUUCGUAUGGUUCAUAAGCCCGUUUCCAAGUCACUGCAAAAUUUUUAAGAUUAUUCCAUGUGGAAAUUUCGGGAUCUUUAUGACUAAUCUGCUUGUGGGAAACGUUCAUACGUACGUUGUUCUCUUCAUGUAGAUCAAACACUGAUUGAAGGACCAUUCUGAGAACUUCCGAUUUAUUCAUGGCUGCUCUUUAUUGGAGCAUAUUUUCAAGGUUUCGUGUUAAUUUUAAUCAUUUCAAAUGCUUGACUGCAACACCGUCCAGAUCAGCGAAUACAAAACAAUUAAAACACCCCAAAAGGAAGGGCGAUAAUCUGGAAUCUGUUGCUACAUCGGGUGGUGUGUCUGACUAUGCAAAAUCUGCAAACAUCGUAAAGUCAAAGGAUCUGCUUGGUGAUUUUAUUAAAGAAUAUCGUUUUGGUAAUGACGCACCAUCAACAGCAUUUGUCGAUCUUCCUUCACCGGCUAAUGUAAAUAUUUUUACUCAUCAAGAUGUCCUACCUGCUGAUUCUUGUAACUCAUUAAACCCCAUUUUUGAUGCCGUUGAGAAUUUGGAAGCCUCAAUUUUCAGUUGUGGUCUUCCAAACAACCAGUUCGAAGAAUGGUUAAAGUGGACUGUCGAAAAGAAAAUGUGGAGUUUUCCGAUCAAUAAUGAACAAGAUUGGGAUUCCGAGUUAGACGUACCCUUUUAUGAACAUGUAUUUCUGGAGAAUCAUCUAAACAAGGAACAUCUCAAAUGUAAACCAUUGGCAUCGUUCUUGGAACUUGUCUGCACUGGUCUUUCGAAAAACCCAUAUUUUAGUGUUGAUGAUAAAAAGCAACAUCUCGAGUGGUUCACACAGUUCUUUGACGAUAAGAUAACGCGAAUAAACGCUUCCAUAAAAGAAGAACAUAUGGCUAAUUUAGAGGAAAUUUCUAGAGGAACUUCGACAAUCUAUUAAUUUUUACUUUUCAAAUAAACCAUUCCCUAGGAAAAUUCUUAGAACUUUUUAUGUUUUACAAUAAUGAUUUGCUAAUUACUUUAUAAUUACUAUAAACGUCAGUGUACAUAUUCAGACUUUUAAUUGGUAGAAUAUAUGUGUCGUAGUCGUUAUUAAACAUGAA